ACAGCCGGCGGGUGGACAAUGUGCUGAAGCUCUGGAUCAUUGAGGCCCGGGAUCUGCCCCCCAAGAAACGCUACUACUGCGAGCUGUGCCUGGACGACAUGCUCUACGCGCGCACCACCAGCAAGAUACGCACGGACAACGUCUUCUGGGGGGAGCACUUUGAGUUCAACAACCUGCCAGCCGUGCGCACCAUCCGGCUGCACCUCUACAAGGACACGGACAAGAAGCGUAAGAAGGACAAGAGCAACUACGUGGGCAUGGUCAGCAUCCCCAUCGCCAGCGUCACCGGGCGCCAUUUCGCAGAGCAGUGGUACCCGCUCAGCCAGCCCAGCUCCAGCAAGAGCAAGGCCGGCUGCCCGGCCAUCCGGGUCAAGAGCCGCUUCCAGGCCAUGAGCAUCCUGCCCAUGGAGCUCUACAAGGAAUUCGCCGAGUACGUCACCAACAACUACCGCAUGCUGUGCGCUGUCCUGGAGCCCGUCAUGAGCGUCAAGAGCAAGGAGGAGGUGGCUUGCGCCCUGGUGCACAUCCUCCAGAGCACUGGCAAGGCCAAGGACUUCCUGUCCGACAUGGCCAUGACGGAAGUGGACCGCUUCAUGGACCGCGAACACCUCAUUUUCCGGGAGAACACGCUGGCCACCAAAGCCAUAGAGGAGUAUCUCAAGCUGAUUGGACAAAAAUACCUCAAGGAUGCAAUUGGUGAGUUCAUCCGAGCUUUGUACGAGUCUGAGGAGAACUGCGAGGUGGACCCCAUGAAGUGCUCGGCCUCCACUUUGGCCGACCACCAGGCCAACCUCCGCAUGUGCUGCGAACUGGCCCUCUGCAAAGUGGUCAACUCCCACUGCGUGUUCCCCCGGGAGCUGAAGGAGGUCUUUGCAUCGUGGCGGCUGCGCUGUGCCGAGAGGGGCCGGGAAGACAUUGCCGACCGCCUCAUCAGCGCCUCCCUCUUCCUGCGUUUCCUGUGUCCGGCCGUCAUGUCCCCCAGCCUCUUCGGCCUGCUGCAGGAGUACCCGGACGAGCAGACGUCCCGCACCCUCACACUCAUCGCCAAGGUCAUCCAGAACCUGGCCAACUUCUCCAAGUUUGGCAGCAAGGAGGAGUACAUGGCGUUCAUGAACGAGUUCCUGGAGCUGGAGUGGGCCAGCAUGCAGCAGUUCCUGUACGAGAUCUCCAACCUGGACACCCUCACGAACAGCAGCAGCUUCGAGGGCUACAUUGAUCUCGGCCGGGAGCUCUCCACUCUGCACGCUCUGCUCUGGGAGGUCCUGCCCCAGCUCAGCAAGGAAGCCCUGAUGAAGCUGGGCCCGCUGCCCCGUCUGCUGAACGAAAUCAGCCUCGCUCUCAGGAACCCCCACAUCCAGCGGCAGCCCAGCCACCAGGGCGAGCGGCUGCAAGCCAAGCCAGUCAUCCUCCGCGGGCCCUCGGCCGACAUGCAGUCCUCGUACAUGAUGCGGGACCUCAACAGCUCAGUUGACAUGCAGCCCUACAUGAUGCGAGCCAUGAACAGCUCCAUCGACAUGACGCGCUUGCCCUCCCCGACCAAGGAGAAGGGCUCCAAAGAGCUGUUCUUUGUGCCGCGGCCGCCCCUGGCCCGCUCCUCCCCCGCCUACUGCACCAGCAGCUCGGACAUCACCGAGCCAGACCAAAAGGUGCUGAGCGUCAACAAGAGCGUCUCCAUGCUGGACCUGCAGGACAGCCGCAUGAACAGCGUCUCCAACCUGCACAGCGUAGGCGACUUGCUCAACAGCAGCCAGGCCUCCAUCACCGCCGGCCUGGGUCUGCGGCCCAGCCGGCUCUCCCAGGGCAGUGGCUCCAGCAUCGCGGCCGGCCUGCGGCUGAGCCAGAUGGGGGUCACCACCGACGGGGGCGGCCCCUCCUCCGCGCAGCAGCUCCGCAUCCCGCUCUCCUUCCAGAACCCCCUCUUCCACAUGGCCUCUGACGGGCCGGCCGGCGGCCCGCUGCACGCCUCCCACCCACACCGGCAGGCGGAGGGCAACCCUGCCGAUACCUUCGCCCCCUUCCAUGGCUACAGCAAGAGCGAGGACCUCUCGACCAGCAAGCACAUCAUCCACAGCCACAGCUACAGUGACGAGUUCACCCGCCAAGGCUCGGAGUUCACCAAGCGCCAGCUGUCCCUGCAGGAGAACCUCCAGAACAUGCUGUCCCCGCCCCAGAUCACCAUCGGCCCCCAGCCCCAGCGCUUGGCCCCCGCCCCUCAGCCACAGCCCCCCCUGCAGCGGGGCAAGUCCCAGCAGCUGACGGUUUCUGCGGCUCAGAAGCCUCGGCCCUCCAGCGGGAACCUGCUGCAGCCCGAGCCCAGCUACGCCCCCACCCACACCCGCCAGCAGUCGGUCACCAAGGAGGCGCCUUCUGCGCUCAAGCCAUCCAUCACCAAGCAGACCUCUCACACACCCUCGACGCUGAACCCCAUCCUGCCGGCCUCGGAGCGGACUGUGGCCUGGGUCUCCAACAUGCCCCACCUCUCGGCAGACAUCGAGAGCUCCCACAUUGAGCGGGAGGAGUUCAAGCUGAAGGAGUACUCCAAGUCCAUGGAUGAGAGUCGGCUGGACCGCGUGAAGGAGUACGAGGAGGAGAUCCACUCGCUGAAGGAGCGCCUGCACAUGUCCAACCGGAAGCUGGAGGAGUACGAGAGGCGCCUGAUGAGCCAGGAGGAGCAAACCAGCAAGAUCCUCCAGCAGUACCAGCAGCGCCUGGAGCACAGCGAGAAGCGCCUCCGCCAGCAGCAGGUGGAAAAGGACUCGCAGAUCAAGAGCAUCAUCGGCAGCUUGUCCCUGCAGGCUGAUGCUAGUGGAGGAGGAGCUGCGCAGGGAUCACUCGGCCGCCCUCGACACCUCCGAACCCCGGAAGCGGCUGCUCGACGCUCAGCUGUUUACCAGGUAACUCUGUGUGGCCCCGGUUUUGUCACUUGAGGGACCAGGGCACCCCGCCAUCCAUGUGGGGCAGACCAGGAGAGGCAGCUUUCCGCCGUGGGUGCAGCAAACCCGCGUCUGAGCGGCGCUAUGGGCCCGCCGCCCUGGAACGGGAUC